ACAAAAGGCAACUGGGAUGCAGGUUCUGCUACCCCCGGUGCAUCAGAGAAGCAUCUCUGGUUGGCUGGGGCUGUUCCCCAAUUACCCCUGGGUGCUUGGGCACAGGGCCCUCUCGGUAUGAAUCCAGCUGACGGGCUCAAGUGUGAGAACGAAGAGACGAAUCCCUGGCAGGGAGGUCCGGAGCAUGCAGAACCACACGGGGCAUUCUCGGGAAGAUCCGAAGGGAUUGUUUCUGAGGGGGAGAAAGCUGUGGAGAGUCGGCGCAGGUCAGGGAGGCAGCACCAAGCGAAGCAAGAGGAUAAACCCGCCUGCCAUCAGAGAGUUCUCAAGGGACCCCAAGACAGCAACGUGGUCGCCGCCGAGAAACCCUAUAAAUGCAGCGUUUGCGGCAGGAGCUUCUCUCAAAGCUCCAACCUCCUGACGCACCAGAGGCUGCACACGGGUGAGAGACCCUACAAAUGCACCAGCUGUGGGAAAAGCUUCAACACCAGCUCGGCCCUCAUCGUGCACCGCCGGACCCACACCGGGGAGAAAUCCUACCGCUGCCCCGACUGCGGGCGGAGCUUCAGCGAGGGCUCGGUGCUGAUCAAGCACUGGCGGACCCACACGGGUGAGAAGCCCUACAAGUGCUCCCACUGCGGGAAAGGCUUCAGCCAGAGCUCCAACCUACACGCCCACCAGCGGGUCCACACUGGGGAGCGGCCCUACCACUGCACCGACUGCGGGAAACACUUCAGCACCAGCUCCAACCUCAGUGCCCACCAGCGGGUCCACACCGGGGAGCGACCCUACAAAUGCCCUGAGUGCGGGCGGAGCUUCAGCCAGCAAUCCAACCUGAUCUCCCACCAGAGGACCCACCUGGAGGAGAAAUCCCACCUGUGCCCCGAUUGCGGAGAAGGCUUCGGCACCAGCGCCCAGCUUCUGACCCAUCGGAGGAGCCACGCGGGCGACAGGCCUUAUAAAUGUCCAGACUGUGAGAAAAGCUUCCCCAGCCGCUCCGCCCUGAUCACCCAUCAGAGGACCCACACAGGAGAGAAACCCUACGAAUGUCCCGAUUGCCAGAGGGGCUUCACCCGGCGCUCAGACCUCAAUAAGCACCGUCGGGUCCACACGGGGGAGAGACCCUUUAGGUGUGCCAGCUGUGGGAAAAGCUUCAGCCAGAGCUCCCACCUGAUUACCCAUAAGAGACUCCAUGAGGAGGCAAAGCCCUUUAAAGGCAGCGUGAGAACCACGCCAACGGUUCUCCAGGAAGAUGAUCCCGGUAAAGAUACCCAGAGCCGGGGAAGCGUCAGCCAGAGCUCGGCAGAGACCAGCGAUGGGGAAUCCCACCCAGCAGGGAAGCCCCAUCAAUGCCCCGACUGCGGGGAAAGGUUCAACGCCAGCUCCGAGCUCAAUGUGCAUCGGCGAAAGCACCAAGAGGAGAAAACUCGUCCACGUGCUAACACUGUGCAAAGGUUGAGUGGCUCCAAUCACAAUGCACGAGAGGGAGCUGACCCAGAGGAGGAAGCUGAUCUGGGGAAAAGAUUGAAGGUGAGCCCAGCACCCCCAAAUACACAUCCCAAAACUCCACUGGAGGAGGAGUUCUCUCCAUGCGUUAGCACUGAGCAGAGCCCUCAACCCACCAGCUCCAAAGUCAGUGCAUGUCAGAGAGCCCUCUCAGAGGGGGAAUCCCUUCCAUGCACUGGUACGGAGCAGAGCCCAGUGCCAGCUGCCUGCCGAGCAGAGCCAAGGGGCCGCAAGGCGCGCUCUGAUCCAAACUCGGCCCCUCUGCACCGUCCGGCGGCAAAGCCCUUCAGGUGCUCCGAAUGUGGGAAGAGCUUCAGCCAGAGCUCCAACCUGAUCAAACACCAGCGGACCCACACGGGGGAGCGCCCCUACACCUGCGCUGUCUGCAAGCGGAAUUUCAACACCAGCUCGACGCUGAUCGUACACCGCCGGACCCACACCGGGGAAAAAUCCUACCGGUGCCCCGACUGCGGGCGCAGCUUCCGGGACAGCUCAGUGCUGAUCAAACACCAGAGGAUCCACACAGGAGAGAAACCCUACAAAUGCUCCCAGUGCGGGAAGGACUUUGCCCAGAGCUCCAAUCUUCAUGCCCACCAGAGGACACACACCGGGGAGCGGCCUUACCACUGCCCAGACUGUGGGCGGGGCUUCAGCCAGCGCUCCAACCUCAUCACCCACCAGAGGACCCACACAGAGGAGAAAUCCUACCUCUGUCAAGACUGCGGGGUUGGCUUUGGUUCCCGCCCGGCCCUGGCGACCCAUCAGAGGGCCCAUACGGAGGGCAGGCCCCACCAGUGCUCCGACUGCCAGAGGAGCUUUGCCCGGCGCUCGGACCUCGUUAAGCACUGGCGGACCCACACGGGAGAGAGACCCUACUUGUGCCCCCAGUGCGGGAGAAGCUUCAGCCAGAGCUCCCACCUGGUGGUCCAUCAGCGAUCGCACCUGCCGGAGAAGCCUUACAAAUGCAUUGACUGUGGGAAAAGCUUCAGCACCAGUUCUCACCUCCUUGCCCACCAAGGGACCCACACGGCAUAGCCACUUGGCACUGGUGCGGUCCUAGAAAUGUCAGGCUGGACUGGGCAUCCACCUAGCCCAUCCCUGACAGGUGUUUGUCCAACCUGGUCUUAAAAACCUCCAGUGGUGAGGGUCCCUCAGUCUCCGUAGGUCGCCUGUUCCAGAGCCAAACUCCCCUUAAGUGUUAGAAAGAUUUCCCACAUAUCUGGGCUAAAUCUUCCUUGCUCCAGAUCAAGCCGAUUACUUCCAUUGAGACUAAUAAUACUGUUGCCUUCCUAUAAAUCACUUUUCACCUGUAGAGCUCAAAGCACUUCCCAAUUUCUAAUCUAUAGAUCCUCACAGCACCCCUGAGAGGUAGAGAAGCGCUAUUAUCCCCUGGCUUACAGAUGGGGGACUGAGAUGCAGAGAGGCUAAGUGGCUAACUCGAGGUCAGACAGGAAACCUGUGGCCCAGCAGGGAGGUGAAACUGACUCGCCCAUGUCCUAAGCCAGAGCCUUUCCCAUUGGAUCAUCUGUGCCCUCAGGUAGCUGAAAUCGAAGGCGACGACUUUCUAAUGUGCCGGGGGAUGCUUGACCCUGCUUCGCCCCAGGCCACGCCUCCACUCCAUCCCUUCCCCCAAGGCCCCAUCCUCACCCUGCCGGUUCCAGUCCCCUCCC